CAGCCACAUAUUUGAGCAUUCAGUAUCAAAGUGAAAUACCAAAUUCACACUACGCAAACAGGUCCCUAACAAUACCCCACUCAACGCAAGUAGUGUCUCAUUAGCGUACUGCUGCUAAUCCUAAAGCUAACCCAACUGAUACACACUACACUGAUACACACUACAGAGUUUUGUGUGUAUCAGUGUGAGGAUACUGGGGCCGAAUGGCCAGUCUGCUCAUGAGGUGCACACUUUCAAUCUACUAAAACCUCUCCCAGUCCCACAUAGAGCUGAUAUUCUAAUCAAAGGCUAAAACAAAUCAGCAGCAUUAGCUAACAAAAAGGUUUGAUUUGAUCAAGUAUUACCAAAAAGAUGAUUUGUUCUUACAUCAGUGGAAAUGAAUUAACACCAAUCCUAUUCAUCUACUAACAGGUCACAUCAUAAAGUGAGUACCAUUGGUUGCUGACACUAAAGAAAGGAGGUAUUACACAAGUAGAUGAUCAACAUAUGUUAAUCCAUUUUAUUUUGAAGGUACCAGAAGUGCCAUCUUGCUACACUUCCACUUCUGGCCAAAAUCCAGGACCGCCCAGUCUCUUUCUAACCACUCUCACUGUGCAGUGUAACCGAGGAGUCUCCACCAUCAGAUCACCGCUAUUACAAUGAAGGCUGAUUUGAAUUUGCUUUUUUUCAUCUUCAUUACUGUCAAGGUCACUCUCCCUCUAGAAUAUUGUUCAACUGAUUGCCAUUGUGACUGGAACAUCCACAGUGUGUCAUGUUUUGGAGCUGAGGUCAUGCCUGUUUUCCAUUCCAGCACACAGGAGGUAUGGCUUGUUGGGUCAAAACUUUCUUCUAUUCCUCAGAAUGCCUUUGCCAACUUGAACAACAUUUCUCACAUAUACAUCUCUGAUGAUGAUACUUUAAGAUAUCUUGAGAAGCAUUCUUUCCACAACCUGUCCAGGGUCACCCACAUACAGCUAACUGGGAUGAAAAUACUGUCAUACAUUGACCAAGAAGCAUUUAAGGAUCUGCCUAAUUUAAGGUACCUUGGAAUCACCAACACAGGUCUCACCUCCUUUCCUGGGCUACAAUAUAUUCAGUCCAGCCAAGAGGAUUUUAUAUUGGAGAUAGUGGAGAAUGCCUUCAUACAAGUCAUACCGGCUAAUUCUUUCUCUGGAAUAUCUAAGAAUGCUCUGACCAUAAUGCUGAAUAGCAAUGGCGUGAAAGAGAUCCAACGUUAUGCCUUCAAUGGUAGCAGACUGGAGGAAGUGUAUCUUCACAGGAAUGUGGACUUGGAACAAAUAGAUGAAUUUGCAUUUUAUGGUGUGAUUCACGGCCCAACUCACUUAGACCUUUCAGAAACCAAAGUUAGCUCUUUGCCCUCAAGAGGUAUGGAGACCAUUGAAAAGCUCCAAGCUAAAAACACUUGGGCCCUCAAAGCACUGCCCCCCCUUAGGGCCUUUUUCCAUUUACAGAGUGCUGAAUUGACCUUCCCAAGCCAUUGCUGUGGUCUAAAACUGUUGAAAAGAUGGAGAGGACACUCUGAGGCAGUUAUUUGCAACCUGACCCGGAUUGCUUUGGGGAAACGGCAGGAAUCCUCUUCAGCUCUCUCUAAGGGGCAUCCGGGACACAAACAUCUGAAGGACAGCUUUGGUCGUCCAACUGCUGGCACUACAAAUCACAAUCAUUACUCCAGUGGCCCUAUUUAUCCAUCUGAACAGUCUGAAAUUGAGGGUCUGUUUUAUGUGGAUUUACCUACAGAGGAUCUCAGUGAGGGUUUUGACUUUGCACUGUGUAAUGAACUUCACACAGAUAAUCAUGAACCCUUGUGCACCCCCCUGCCUGAUGCCCUGAAUCCAUGUGAGGAUGUGAUGAGUAAAGGCUUCUUGAGGGUGUUAGUCUGGGUGGUUAGUCUGUUAGCCAUAUCAGCCAACCUCCUGGUGAUGUUCAUCCUGCUGACCAGCCGGCAGAAGUUGUCCGUGACCCGUUUCCUCAUGGGUCACCUGGCAUUUGCAGACCUCUGUAUGGGGAUAUACUUACUGUUCAUUGCAUCUGUUGACCUCUACACACGUUCCCAUUAUUACCAUUAUGCUAUUGCCUGGCAAACAGGGGGUGGUUGCAAUCUAGCAGGUACAUUAUCAGUAUUUGCCAGUGAGCUAUCUGUGUACACAUUAACUUUAAUCAGCCUUCAGCGCUGGCAUGCUAUCUUCUAUGCAAUGAGGCCUGACAGAAAAAUUAGGUUACGCCAUGCAGCUGUGCUGAUGCUGGUCGGCUGGUUUCUAUGUGUGAUUCUUGCACUGCUGCCACUGCUUGGUGUCAGCAGUUACCAGAAAGUAAGCAUCUGCUUACCCAUGGACACUGAGACAACUGCUGCCCAGACCUAUGUGGUCUCUGUCCUGAUGAUUAAUGUUGUUGCUUUUAUGGUGGUAUGCUUAUGUUACCUUCACAUCUACUGUAUGAUGCACAAUCCCCAGCACCAGUCCAGCAGAUGUAAUACCAGCAUGGCCAAACGCAUGGCUGUUCUCAUUUUCACCAGCUUUCUGUGUCUGGUUCCCAUUUGCUUCUACGGCUUGUCUGCAGCUUUCCACCAACCACUGAUGACUGUCACAAAUUCCAAGGUGCUGCUGGUGCUUUUCUAUCCUCUCAACUCUUGUGCACACCCAUUUUGUUAUGUUAUCCUUACAAAGGUAUUUCGCCGAGACCUCCUGAUGUUGCUGAGACGGAUGCGACUGUGCCAGUAGCAAGCACACUUCUAUUGAACCCAGCUUGUUAGUAUUACAACUCACAUAUACAAAGAGAUAGUGUGUACUCUGCAGAAACGUUGAAGUAUGGGAAUCACCAGGCUAGAGGAUGCUCUAAAAUUGUUUUUGAAAUUUGAUUAAUUUUUCAUGUAGUUUUGAAGAGCAACAAUUGUCCUUAUACAUGAAUGCCACUGUAAAUACUAACACUAUAGCAUAUGAUGCCCUGAGAACUCUUGAACCAUUAAUUUCUUGUAUCAGUAUACCUGAAUACCUUGAUAGAGGUGGUUGUUUGCCAUUCCAAAUUGAUGAAAACAUGUAGGUAACAACGGCAAAAGCUUAGGCUUCAGCUGGAGGGGAAAAGAUGAAUGCAAAUGUGUCUAAAAUUGCACAGAAUAUGUAAAGAUCAGGAGCACUCUAAAAUAAUAGUGUGAGAGAAUUUUCAAACAAUCACUUCCACAAUCAUGUUUUGUCAGGUUUGUGGAGGUGUGAGCCAUGUUCUGUGCAUACAAUCGAGUACAACUCCAUGAAUGCCCUCAAGGAGAGAAAGUCUGCAAUUGUAAUAAGAUAAAAUUUAGUUUUAAGAAAGCUUUAAAAGAAGACAUUGAAUUUGUUUGACAGCUGAGGGCCCAGACAGCAAAGGCCAUGUCAUCUUUAGUGACAAGUGGAAAUUUCGGAUUUGUUGCCAGAGAAUUGCCAGAGAAUCUCAAGCAGCGAUCAAACUCAUGGGGAGUUAGCAGAUCACAGAUAAGCUAGAGUCUGACCAUUCAAAUUUUAAACACAAGCAGUAAAAUCAAUUCAGGUAACCAGUGAAGGGCAGCAAGCACUGAUGUGUGGUCACUUCUCUUUGAAUGUGCUAAAAGCCUGGCAGCAGCAUUAUGCGACAGCUGUAAUCUUUGGAUAUUUCACCUACUUAUACCAAUGCAAUGUAAAGAACAACGCCAAUAAUCAAGUCUGGAGGAGAUAAAAGCAUAGAUAACCUUUUCUAGAUCUGCAGAUGAAAGGAAUGACCUGUUCUACACCUGUGGUAAAUUCAACUAAUUGGACAGCACUUGGAAAGACAGAUCUGUCUAUAUAAGGUCUCACAGCUGACAUUGCAUAUUAGAGCAAAAACCAAGCUACGAGGAGGAAGGAACUGUCUGUAGAGCUCAGAGACAGGAUUGUGUCAAGGCACAGAUCUGGGAAAGGCUAAAAUUUUUGUUUCGCUGAAUUGAAGCUUCUCAAGAGCACAGUGGCCUCCAUAAUUCUUACAUAGAGGAAGCCUGAAACAACCGGGAUUCUUCCUAAAGCUGGCUGCUGACCUGGACAGAUCGCCAGUCUAUCGCAGGGCUGACAUUUAGAGACAAACACCCAUUCACACUCAGAUUCACGCCUACAGACAUUUUAGAGUCACCACUGAAACCAACCUGCUAUGGAUUGUGGGAGGAAGCCAGAGUACCAGGGGGGAACCCACACAGGCACAGGGAAAACUUGCAAAAGCCCAGGACAAACAGGGGUUUAAACCCAGAACCUUAUUGUUGUGAGGCUCCUGUAAAGCUGUCAAAUUUGAUCAAGAAAGGUGGGGGGGCACCUAAGCUAAAUUUCUAGAGUUAUAGCAAAGGGUCUGAAUACUUGUGUCAAUGUAAUACUUCAGUUUUUCAAAAUAUCUCAAAUCUUGCUUUUGCUUGGUGAUUGAUGAGGGAAAAAAAUUAUAUUUGAAAAAAAAUGAAGGGGUGUGAAUACUUUUCUAAUGCACUGUACUGUUGCCUAUUGUCCAUGUAGCAAUGAAAAUCAACAUUAUGUCUGCCUAUGAUUUAUCCCAGGAAUAGAAUGCAUGUAGUACAGGGGACUGAGAAUAGACCCCUGGGGGACACUACAAGUGGAGCACGAAAGGAGGAGGAGUCUUCCAGCUAGAACUUGUUAAGAGCCAGAUAUGAGAUGACGAUGAGAUGUCUUACAGAUGGCUUAUUAUAACAUCGUGGUCCACACAGAGUCAGAGGCUGAGCUGUCGUCUAGGAGAACUCAAAUAAUGCCUGUAUCAGUGGCAUGCAAUAAGUCAUUGAUGAACUUGACCAGAGAAGGGUCAGUGCUGUGCACAGAGUGAAAAUUGAGAUUCAAAUCCUGAUUCACCUCCAACUUUCUAAAAAUAAACAGCGAUAAGACUGAAAUCUUAUCGGCACCAAAUCCACUCUAUCCAAAGUUGACAGCUUCUCCCUCACAAUUGACAAUUCCCCAGUUUCCCCUUCCUCCCAAGUUAAGAGUCUGGGUGUCAUCCUCAAUAGCACAUUAUCGUUUCAAUCCCACAUCAGUAACAUCACCCGGUCUGCAUACUUCCUUCUACGCAACAUUAAUCGACUCCGCCCUCCCUCACCCAUCAUGCUGCCUCCAUCCUUGUCCACAGCCUCAUCACUUCCCGCAUUGAUUACUCAACUCUCCCCUCUUUGGCCUCCCUCAAAAGUCCCUCCAUAAGCUCAACUGGUCCAGAAUUCAGCCGCUCGCAUUAUCACCACAACUCCCUCAUACCAUCACAUCACCCCCAUCCUUCAGCAACUCCACUGGCUCCCAGUUAAACAACGUAUUGAAUUCAAACUCCUCUUGUUUACCUUCAAAGCCAUCCACAACCUUGCCCCUCCAUAUCUGUUUGACCUCCUACACAUUACCACCCCAUCCCACUCCAUCAGAUCUUCCUCCUCCAUCCACCUCAUUGUGCCCUCUGCCCAUCUCAGCAGCAUGGGGAGCACAGCUUUCAGCCGCUCUGCUCCCCAGCUCUGGAACUCUCUGCCACCAGCCCUCCAAAACAUCGACUCUCUUCUGGUUUUCAAAUCCAGACUCAAAAUUCAUCUGUUUAAGAUUGUCUACUCACUUUAACUAUUCUCACUGCAACCUCACCACCCUACAUUUCUUUUAUAUUAAUUUUAUCCAUUGUUAUGUUAUGUCAUUGUAUGUUAAUUUUAUCCAUUGUUGUUUUAUUGCUUAUUGUACAGUGCUCUUGAGUGGCCAGAAAGGCACUUAUAAAUAAAAUGUAUUAUUAUUAUUAAAAUUAGACUGAAAUAAAA